AUGAACAGCUUAGGAGACGCAAUCUCCGCCGCAGAUGGCAUCCAUGCUCGCAUCCAUGCCGAACUGCAGCGAUCGGAUAACAGGGUGCAGAAUGCGCAGGAGGCUAAGGACAGUGCUGAGGCCAGGCAAAUGGCUACUUCCGCUCUGAAAAGCACGAUCAAAUUUGUCGAGAGUUCCAUCUCGAAGUUGCGUGCCGCCAACGUCCCUCGUUCAUGCCGUACGCAGGCACAAAAGGCUAUCACGCCGCAAAAAAAUAUACCCCAGGCCUCUCUUGAAGCAGAGGCAGAGCUCCCCGAGGAUGGGAAGCAAUUUCUGAAACAAAUUUCGGGUGACGAAGACGACGGCUUCGGUAGCCAGGCUCCGAAUCUGGAGGAAAUGGCAGAAGCAAUCGGUCCUAUUAUGGAUAACUUCGACGAAGUGCUCCAAAAACCAUAUCUCAAUAAUCACUCGGCCGUCGUCAAUACCGUUCCCGUCUUAGGGUUGAAAGGGGGAAACCAGAUCAUGUAUCUUUCUGUUGACGCGGACAGCCAUGGCAUCAAUGAAUCCUGGAAACCGUUUGGGCCGUUACCCGGAGACGCCGCGAACGACCCCAGUAAAGUCCAUUUCUUUCCGUACAAAGGCAACCUAUAUGUGGCCCAUGGCCAAACUGCCUGGAAAAAAUCUCCUCGCGCACGAGAUGAUCCCAUUCUGAAAGAAGCGAAUAACGACUGGUCCAAGAUGUAUGUCAACGAAUGGGUCAAAGUUGGUGAUGAUGUCCUUCCGAGCACCGACCUUCAGAGUGUGAUUCCGUUCGCAAAGCUGGAUGACGGAGGAGAUGUUAUGAGCUUUGAUUUGUUGAUUCUCGAGAAGAGUGGGACAAUCAAAAUUCUUGCAAAAGAUGACAUAUAUCCGUCGAACUCAUGGGAGACGAUGUCGCAUGAGGGAGCCGGAAGCCCCCCAAAGUGGACCCGGAUUGCCUACUACAAUCAGAAGCUGAUUGGGCUGGAUGAUGGGAAUAAGACCUGGGAUAUCACCGUUGAUAUCGGAAAGCGCUCGUACAAACCGGCGAAUCAGGUUUCUAUUGACAGAGUAACUGACUUUACUGCGACUGACACGGGCCUGGUGGUCAUACGUGAGGAUAACUACGUCUAUCGCAGACAGGUCGAAGCCCCCACCGGCGGAUCAAGUGAACCGACAGAUGAAAAGCAGGCCAUCGCACUUGAUGCCGCCUGGCAAGAAAUUGAUCAGGCAAUCAUUUGGUCUGAUGAUCUCUUCAACACCCUUGAAAGCUCCCGGAGAAGACGUGGCCGGCUAUGUCCGCACAGUUACAUAAAGUCCCGGCUUGACCUGGAACAACAGCUUACGUUACUCAGGGAUAAAUUGAAAGGAUUAGAGGGACACCCUAAAAGAUCAGCAGGAGGAUUGGCUUUGGGAGUUAUCGGGCUAUUUUUCGGAGCCAAUCCCACGAUUUUAAAGGCAGCGGGUGCUUUGUUCGUCGCCAGCGUGGUCGCUGCCGUGACCCUCGGGCAGAAAAUCUCGGAACUUGCGAAAGCUAUUGCCGACACCGAGGCGCAAAUUCGAGUCACUUCGCAGGCAAUCGAUGAGCUUUCCUCCAUUGUGACUAACUAUACGAACCUUGAUGAGAUGUACAAACAAAUGACCGCUUUCUGGGGUGGCCUGAACCUCACUGCUGGACGGGUUGAAGCUUUCGAGGAAGCGAUCCUCAAACAGCUCGGCAAAGAGAGGUUGUCAACGCCGGCAAACAUCAUAAGUGCCAGAGAUGCGAUGGGGAGGAUCCUAAAAGGAGCCGAUAAAUAUUUACAAGUGCUUAUUGAGCAGGGAAUUGAAUUGCCGCCGAAAGUACAAGUAGCGACCUCUUAUACCGACCUACUAAACUCGAAACCGCCCGUGCUACUCGCCCUCAGUUUCGUCGAGCUCGUCUCUUUACGCACCCAGGAGGUCAAGGAUGGUAUUCAGCUUCUUGCUCGCCGUGAUUUCUCGGCAUAUCGUCAGCGCAUGCGGAACGCGAAAGCCGUUGCCUUGCUGGCCACUGCCGCUAAGCGGCGCGAGCGUAUUUUAACGGACAACUGGUAUGAUAUCGCUUUGCUACAAGCCAACUCUGAAAUGUUCGCUCUCCCUGCCAGAAAUGACAUGAAAACAGGCGAUAGCGAGUACCUUUUAAUGGUACUCAGAACAAAGCAAGCUGGCUUACUAACCGUCCAGUGCCUGGGGGCUGUUGAACAAAUGUGCCUGAAAAUACAAGACUUGCUGGACAAAUACCCAGAGGGCCAAGCAACGCUCGAGAUCUCCGAUCCAUUGCUGGACGAAGCCAUCGAGUUUUGCAGCCAAGCCGGGACCUGGGCUGUUAUGGCCCACAACGAGUUCGCGAAGAUCAAUCAAAUCGCGCGGGACUAUCAAAACACGCUCGAACGGGAGAUUAGAGAAUUUGAAAUCAAAAUUCAGAUUCAUCGAGCUGCUAUGGAGGAGGAGAAGAAGGAAUGUGAGCGUGACUAUCCGCCUCCCUGGUGGACAGAUGGAAGGGCCAGUUGGAUUUCUUUGCAAAAAGGUUACGUUGAAAUGAGGUACAACUGGUUCAUAAUCGGCCCAAUUGAAAAGAACGACAUUGCUCCCCGUCGCGAGAGCCAAAAAAGCGGGAUUAUCUUUGAUGGUAAUUCCUUGACUUGGAAAGAGAUGGUCGAGAAGGUGAAUGGGGCUACCGGAGAGAUCGCCCUGUCCCUUGAUCGGAUCAAAAAGUGGAUCAGCAUGGAUCCUGUACGCAUGAAACGGAUAUUGGAUGCAAAGUGGAAGGAUAUCGCGGCAGACACGGCGCUCGUAAGGGAGAUCCUUGCGGGCUUCAUGCUAGUCUUGAAGGCGACCAUCGCCAGUGGAUCGGACCAUGACCACAUGCUUGACGUCCUUUCCCUGUCGCCCACGGUGAUCAAAACGAUUAGCGAUCAAACCCGCCAGCUUAACGCCACUGUUCAAGCAAUUGAUGAGGCGAUGCGUCUGCCGCAUGUACGUGGCCUCGUGGGCCAGUGUGAUAAUGCUGGAUCCCAGAAAACAAGCGUGCUCGAUAUCCUAGCAGCAACACGGAACGGGAUGACUCAAAUGACAGCUCUGCAAGGAGAGUCAACCCGUGCACUUCAGCUCAUGGGCUCACGACAGCGAUUCGCCAUUCAAGACGUCGUUAAGGGGAAGAUGAGUCUUCGAGAGUUUGUCGAGUACAACAUUGAUUCCGCAGUUCCUGCGCAGAAAGCCGCCGCCGCCGCAGUCAAUCAAUGGAGAGACAUCUCUACUCAAUAUAAAUCAUGUCUACACUACGCACAGAUGACCCUGAGAGCAAUGGAAAACCGACUGGAUAAGAUCCAAGCCGAGUUAAGGACUGCAAAGGACAAGGAUCACGCUCGGAACGUGAAGCUGUUGGCAGAUAUGAUUACCCAAGCAGUGCUGUCCGGAGAGGUGUUUAUGCCUACCAAAGCCAGCAUUCAGCUCUCUGCUGCUCUAGACACUGCAACUGCGCGCAACUGGACCUUUGUGAGAACUUCAUAUAUCGUUCGUACGAUUCUGGAGGCUCUUCCCGCGGCAGAAAUCGAUCAAUUGGUCGACACCUUUUCGGGCCUCAAGUUUGAGCUCGCGUCCGUGGUUGAGCAUCUGAAGAAGUUGGUACCCGUCCUCUCGCCGGUGGGUGAAGGAGCAGAAAUGCUGGAGAGCCUCUCCUUGAAGAUGACCGAUCGGAUGAGAGCACUUUUAAAUGACGGUAACGUGGUCCAGCAAUUGAAGCUAACCGAGGAUGACGGGCGUAAGAUCGAACAGUCUUGGAUUCAGAUUUCCAUGGUCCAGAAUUGA